AGCCAGUUAAUGAUUCUCAGGAGGCCCUGACCCCUGUAGCCUUGGCCCUCAGACCUGGUCAGAAGCAGUCAUGGGGUACUGGGCCUGGGUCCCCGCUCCCUGGCCACCGUUCCGAUUCACCCUGUUGCUGCUGCUGCCGCUGCUGCUGUCUCAGGGAGCCCAGUCCCAGUCCGGUGGGAACAAGACUGUGACACCAGCUCCUAACAGUACACUGACCAUCAGGAUCCUAGGGACCCCCCAAACCACCAUGAAAUCUAUGACCCCAAACACAAGUAUUCCAGAAACAGAGCAACCCCACGGUGCGGGGUACAAGCCCCUACCCAGAGUGGCUUCCUCACGCAGCAGCCCUGAGGGUGCAGCAGUGCUCACAGAGGACGGACAGACCUGCAGGUUCCCCUUCCGCUAUGGAAGCCGCAUGUUCCACUCCUGCACACUGGAGGGCAGCACGCACAGGAAGUGGUGUGCCACCACCCACAACUAUGACCGGGACCGGGCCUGGGGCUACUGUACACAGACGCCCAUUCCCGAGGAGGGCACAGCUACCCCGGACCCCUGCGCCUCCAGCCCCUGCCUCAAUGGGGGCUCCUGCUCCAGCGGUGCCAUCCCAGGGUCCUUCCACUGCACCUGCCCGGUGGCUUUCUCGGGCUUGGACUGCAGCUUAGAGAAAUGCUUCGAUGGGACACGCCACGAGUACCUGGACGAAGGCGAGCGCUGGGCCCGCGCGCAGGAAGCCCGCGUCCAGGAGUGCGAGUGCAUCGGGGGCCGCAUCCUCUGCGCGGACACCGCGGGCGCAGGUACGCGGCCGACCCCGUCCCGCCACCCGUCUCCCUGCCCCUCUCACCCCCGCCCCUGCCCACCCCCAGAGUGUCCGGGCAGCCCCUGCCUCCACGGAGGCACCUGCCACGCGGUCGUGGCCACCGGAGCCACCGCCUGCGCCUGUCCGCCGGGCUACGCUGGGCGACACUGCGACAUCGAGCCCGCCCAGCGCUGCUUCCUGGGCAACGGCGCGGACUACCGCGGCGUGGCCGGCACCGCCGCCUCCGGCCUCCGCUGCCUGGCCUGGGACUCGGACCUGCUGCACCAGGAGCUGAGCGCGGCGGCGGUGGGCGACGCGCAGCUGCGAGGCCUGGGCCCGCACUCCUACUGCAGGAACCCGGACCUGGACGAGCGGCCCUGGUGCUACGUGCUGGAGGACAGCGUCCUCUCCUGGGACUACUGCCGCCUGGCAGCCUGCGAGUCUCUCGCCAGGAAACAGCCGCCCGCACCGGACUUGCCGGGCCGGGGAUCGGCCCCCGCGCCCGGCCCCAGCUGCGGCAGGAGGCACCAGAAGCGGAGUUUCCUCCAGCCCCGCAUCGUCGGCGGCUCGUCCGCGCUGCCCGGCUCCCACCCCUGGCUGGCGGCCGUCUACAUCGGGGACCGCUUCUGCGCCGGCAGCCUGGUCCACACCUGCUGGGUGGUGUCGGCCGCACACUGCUUCUUGGGCAGCCCGCCCAGCGACAGCGUGACCGUGGUGCUGGGGCAGCACUUCUUCAACCGCACCACCGACGUGACACAGACGCUGGCCGUGGAGAAGUACAUCUUGUACCCUCUGUACUCAGUGUACAACCCCAGCGACCACGACCUGGUGCUGAUCCGCCUGAGGAAGAACGGGACCCGAUGUGCCCUGCGCUCCCAGUUCGUCAAGCCCAUCUGUCUGCCAGAACCCAGCAGUCCCUUCCCCGUGGGGCAUCGGUGCCAGAUAGCAGGCUGGGGCCACCAGGAUGAGAAUGCGAACAGCUACUCCAGCCACCUGCGAGAGGCCCUUGUGCCCCUGGUGGCCGACCACAAGUGCAGCAGCCCCGAGGUGUACGGUGCCGACAUCAGCCCCAACAUGCUCUGCGCAGGCUACUUUGACUGCAAAUCAGAUGCCUGUCAGGGGGACUCCGGUGGGCCCCUGGUCUGCGAGAAGAACGGAGUGUCCUACCUGUAUGGCAUCAUCAGCUGGGGUGAUGGCUGUGGGCACCUCAAUAAGCCGGGAGUCUACACUCGCGUGUCCAAUUAUGUGGGCUGGAUCAACGAUCGCAUCCGGCCCUCCAAGCAGCCUGUGACCCCCACCUGAGAUUCCCUGCAUCCU